ACUGUAGGUGUUUCCUGUUCUGGCAAGACAGCUAAACAACCAGAACAUCAUAUUUAGAACAGUAUCUCCGGUCUCGGUGUUUAUAUAUCUUCCCGUUUCCGCUCCUUUUUCUUCGUGAAACGAAUCGAGCGGAGGAAAUUAAAAAAAGGAAUUAAAGCCAGCUAAAAAGAAAGAAAAAAUAGGAGGAGGAGCUCCGAGAGCUAUAAAACGAGAGAUGAAGGCGGAGAAAGGGGAUGAGGCGCCUCCGUGAUCUCACCAUGUCGGCUUCCAGAUCCUAGGUGCGCGAGAAGAGAGGUGGACUUUGAAACUUUCGGACGUGGGGUUGGCUUUCGAGCUUGGAUGGGCUGAUCAGGCAUUAGAGAAAUCCGAUUGGGAGGAGGAAUGGAGUCGGAUCUUGGGAAGCUUUUCGUCGGGGGGAUUUCGUGGGAUACCAAUGAGGAUCGCCUUCGGGAAUAUUUUGAGAAUUUUGGAGAGGUUGUGGAGGCGGUGAUCAUGAAGGACCGGACAACAGGCCGUAAGAGGGGUUUCGGUUUUGUGGUAUUCGCGGACCCUGCUGUUGCAGAGAGGGUUCUUCUGGAGAAGCAUCAAAUUGAUGGCAGGAUGGUUGAAGCCAAGAAAGCUAUUCCUAGGGAUGAUCAGCACAUAUUACUCAAUAGAAACAACAGCAGCCUCCCAGGUUCACCUGUUCCUAGCCGUACCAAAAAAAUAUUUGUGGGAGGUCUUGCCUCCACUGUAACAGAAGCAGAAUUCAGGAAAUAUUUUGAACAAUUUGGGACCAUCACAGAUGUUGUUGUAAUGUAUGAUCACAACACUCAAAGGCCAAGAGGGUUUGGUUUCAUAACUUUUGAUUCAGAAGAUACUGUCGAUAAAGUUCUGCACAAAACCUUUCAUGAACUCAAUGGAAAGAUGGUGGAGGUCAAGAGAGCUGUCCCGAAAGAGCAGUCUCCAGGGCCUUCCAUGAGGCUUCCAGUAGGAAGACAUAACUAUGGUUUGAAUAGCUUCAACAAUUUUCACAAUGGAUAUAGUCAGGGCUACACCCCGAGCUCUAUCAGCAGCUAUGGUAUGAGAAUGGAUGGUAGAUUUGGACCAUUGAUGGGUGGUCGGAAGGGGCUCCCUUCUUUUGGUACUGGUUAUGGAAUUGGAAUGAAUUUCGAGCCCGGUGUGAGGCCGAGUUAUGGCGAAAACUUAAAUUUGAGUACCAGACGGACCGUAAGACCAUUUUACAGUGAAAAUGCGGCCCGAUUUACUAGUCCUAUUGGGUAUGGUGCAGGUAGUGGUAAUCUUGCCUUAUCAGUUGGUUCAGCAUCUCGCACUAUAUGGGACAAUGGUGUCCUUGACUUUAAUACUAAUCCUGCAAGAGCAAAUUCCUUCUCAACCUCUGGCAUUGGGAACAUUGCUGGUUCUGGCAACGAUAGCAUCAAUUGGUUGGGUUUAUCUUCCCCUCUUGUGGGUCAUGCUACGGGCGGCAGUUCAGACUUUACUACUGGAAAUUUGGGCUAUGGGACUGGGGAUAAUAUUCUUGGUUUGUUUAGUGGUGGUUAUGGAAGGAGUAAUGAUAUUGGUUCUCUCAAUACUUCAUUUACAACUACAAGAAAUAUCUAUGAAGGUAGUUAUAGUGAUUCAUAUGGUGGUAGUUCAAUUUAUGGAGAUCCAACUUGGCACUCUGCAACGAAUGAACUCGAUGGAUUGAGUUCAUUUCGUUAUGGGCUUGGCGCUACAACUUCGAAUGUAAUAUCCAAGGGUUCAAUAGAUUACAUAAGUGGUUAUGAUGAUAUUACGAAUAAGCAGAUCAUUAGAGAGGAAUGACACUUGCGUUCAUGUUUCCAUGUUUAUUUGGAUGUCCUCAUGGUGAUCAGGCAGAACUGGUGUGAAAAUGAAUUGUUGGUUAGGAAGUUGCCAUUGCUUCGUUUUCAGAUCUUAUGGCAUUCUAUGAGUCCAAUGGAUACAGGUGCAUGACUCUGAAUUUUGCUUAUAAAAUUAUAUAAAGCGGUUUGUUAAUUAUUUAGAGCUAACAAGAGCUUUGGUUUCUUAAAAAGUCAGAUUAAAGUUUUCUGCAAAAAAAA